AUGGGUGUGCUUGAUAUAUGGGGAGGUGGUGCGAAACGUAGGGCUGUGGCUGAUGGGGAGCGGGCUGCGAUAGAGCGGGAGAUUAAACUGUGUGAUCGGGAUCCCGAGAAGGUCUGUGCGGACUGCACGAGCGGUGGUGAGUCCAGUGACGACGAGGACGAGAAGAGGGUGAUUUUGAAGGGCGAAGAGGUUUUCGCCCGGCUGGAGAUCGAUACUGAGUCGCGCCUGUUCAACAGCUCAAAGGUGCCAGCAGUGCACUUCGUAGUCCCGACGUCGCAGGUCGAUUGGAAGCACGAUGCGUGCUCGGAGAGGGAGGGGUCCGUGCAGCACAAGAUCUCGCUGUGGUGCGAAAGACAGGACUUGGGGCAGUCCAUGUCUUGCAACGUCACGUCUUUACCGAUAGACAUCAUGAACAUCGACGUGAUGCGAGGCGCUAGGAAUAACGUUCUUGUGUUGCCCCAUUUCGUGUGGAUCCAGGAUUUGGAUGCCCGGACAGUCGACGAGACUCUCGACUCGCUCGUACCGGACCUAAUGGACACAGCGGUCAAGAGGCCCGGUCUCUUGCAAAAACACCAGAACCUGACAGAGGCCAAAGAGGACAGCUUCGUGUUCAUUUGCUCGCACACAACAAGGGACAAGAGGUGCGGUGUCACCGCGCCCUACAUGCGGCAAGUCUUCGAGAGAGAACUGCAAAAGCACGGGUUGUUCAGGGACAACUCCGAUUUACGGCCGCAGGGCACAAACGUUCAAUUCACAAACCAUGUAGGCGGCCACAAGUUCGCGGGAAACGUUCAGAUCUACUUGAAGAAGUUCAACACGCUGGUCUGGCUGGGGAGGGUCACGCCAAAACAUAUCCCAGCGAUCGUGCAGAACUUGAUCGCGACAGACCCUCCACAGUUGCCCUUCCCUGAGAAGGUCAGGUGUAUCAGGAAAUACGAAUGGUGA